AUGGGUGAUUUGGCUCAGCUUACUCAGUCUGUGAUUUUAGGUUUAAUUGUUUCUUACCUUUUAGCUAAACUCAUCUCCAUGGUCGUCACGAUUAAAGAAGACAAUCUCUUCCUUACUCACCACCACGACCCCGAACAGGAGACUAAACCGGUGGUUGACUCGAGCAGAGUCGUGUCUUCCACCAUCGGUGGUGUGGGGGAUACGCUAGUGGCGGAGCAGAGUAGCUCUGGUGAGGAAGAAGAUGAUGAUUGGGAAGGCGUGGAGAGCACGGAACUCGACGAGGCUUUCAGUGCCGCUACUCUCUUUGUAACUAACCGAAAGGUCCCUAGUGAUGUUCAGCAGAAGCUUUAUGGACUGUAUAAGAUCGCUACGGAAGGGCCUUGUACUGCUCCGAAGCCUACUGCUCUUAGACUUACUGCUCGUGCCAAGUGGCAAGCAUGGAAGAAACUGGGUGCUAUGCCCUCUGAGGAAGCGAUGGAGAAGUAUAUUGGGAUUGUCACUCAGCUUUAUCCAACUUGGUUAGACGGUGGCGUGAAAGCUGGAAGUGGGGAUGUUGAAGUCUCCAACUCAGGAGGAACCAUGGCUUAUGAAGAGGAAUCCAAAAAUGAGUUGAAGAUUGAUGCCAUCCAUGCGUUUGCUAGAGAAGGUGAAGUAGAGAAUCUGCUUAAAAGCAUUGAAAGUGGCAUUCCAGUAAAUGCAAGAGACAGUGAAGAUCACACACCAUUGGACUGA